GGGAGAUGGAGAUAAAUUCAUGGGAGUGGAGGCGUUUCUGCGUGAACGCCACACCUCCCAUGAUGCACUGCGGCAGAGGCAAGCGGAGACUUUCAAAUUUAGCAAACAUUGGAGCUGCUUAAUAUCAGCGCCUGUCGUUGAUCCAGGUUCAGAAUGGUGAAGAAGCGCCUGUCGUUUUCUUCGGAAAACGCCAAAAACGCACCGAAGGAGGGAAAGGCGACUUGUAAGGGCGAUAUGUUAGAAAUGUGCCUCGAUGAUUCCAGCUUAUGCAUAGCGGAAGUGGAUGGACCAACAACACCAUCUCGUGUCGACACCAAAGAUUUGGAACCAGACUUCCAUGAAAAACAACCGACAGGAGAUCAGAGUUGUGUGAACAAAAAUGAGGAAAAAGAGCACACGAAACCCUCAGAAGACCUCCGGACUGAGAGCUGUUCAUGUGAUCAUGAUUUGGCCACCAGUGAGCAGCACAACACAAUGAGCAGCGACGUUGAUGUGGCGAGGAGAGCUCAGGAAGAAGGCCUUGUGAAAGUUGUCUUUCCUGGUCAAGUUACCGCGGAAGGCUCAUGCCGCUUUGUGACGGACCUCAUCAAGCUCAUCCUGUAUCACAGACAGCAGCUUCCCAUGACUUAUGAGCAGCUGAUGCAUGAUCAGAAGAAAAGUCAAGAGGGCAUUCAGGAUAAGGACAGGGUCGGCAACAAGUCGGUGAAGCCUGCAGACAUUGACAGACGGAGGCAGCAGAAAGUGCUUCAGGACCUUGAGGAAUUGAUGCAGCAGUUGGAGGUGCUGUUUUCACUCAGCAGGGUUCCUCGCGUGCUCCUGCUGCUGGGCGGAUCCGUCGUCUUGCCCACAGAAAUGUAUGAGAUCAACAUGGAGGGGCUCUCACUGGCCUCUGGAGAUCACUGCCUCCGCGUGUCGGCAUGUUUGAGGAAGCUUUUCCGUACCAUCUUCGUAGCAGACUUUCUUUUGGAUGCCAAGCCGGUGAGACUGAUGUCAACCACCGUCUUGGUGCUGGCCCACAGGGACUGUGGGGUGGAAUGGUUUCGCCCCAAACUACAAUUCAAAGUUCCAACUCGAGUCAAGAACAAAGUCAUUGCUCUGUCUACGAAUGACGGCAGUGAAGAUCAGGAGUGGGACGAUUAUGUGUGGUUCCAGGUUCCGGUACCUAUCAAGGGCAUCGGCCACUAGAUUUAACAGCGAAAGAGAAUCUUGUCUGUAGCAUCAACUCUGGGUUUUUUUAACUACUUCAAAUGUGUAAUAUUUUAUCAAUAAUUAUUGUUUUAUAAACCUAAAUGACCUUUUGGGUCCAGUGUGACCGAGAAUGUUUACUUUCAUUAAAACUUGAAACAAAUGCAUCAAUGUUUUUA